GCCUGUUGCUCUCCCACAAUGCAUUGCCAGAGGCCUUUGUGUCCGUCAGGCAGAGCGGUGUAAUCGUCUCUUCCACCCUGCUGAUCCAAGUCAGAGCAGCGAAGCAGGAAGGUCCUUCCCUGACUGAUCUGGUCCACGGUCCGACUGCAGUCAUGUCUGGUUCUGGUGACCUGCCAGCCAUCGAGGGUUCUGGGAUGGGCGGGAUGAAGCUUCCCGUGGGAAUGACCCGACGGGCCCUCAGCUACGACGACAACCUGGAGGCCCCCAUGUCCACGCCGCCCCAUGACAUCAGCAUCAACAACCUGUGGAAACGCCCCGUCGUACCAUCCAGGAAGUUCUCCCAGCUGGCUGAGGUGAGGGAGGAGGAGGGAGCGGCCAAGCAAACGUCAGGGCAGGACGGCGCCGCCUUCAAGGCGCCGGCGCCGGUCAAGACCAAAGCCUCUUCUAUCAUCAUUAAUUCUCUCAUCACCAAACAAACUCAGGACAGCAUGUAUAAGUUUGAGCAGCGGGCCGGGCUGACCGACACCAGCUACACGCCUCACAAAGGACUGACCGCUGAGGAGACCCGGCACCACCACCGGAUCCCCGAGUCGCUCCAGAAACUUCAGAUCCAGAGUCUGGAGGUGAAAGAAGAGAAGAGCUCCUCGGCCCAGUCCACUCCAUCCAACACCCCCCACAGCUCUCCCAAACAACAGCGCAGGGGCUGGUUCAGCAGCAUGGGGUCAGAGGUCAGCAUCGGCUCUAACAGCAGCAUGGACGCCGGGGGCGGAGACUCUGCUGUGGGUGGCUCUGUGGAACGGUGGGGCGUGUUUGGACCUCGGCUGCCUAAUGUGAACCCGUACGUUUCUGUUCCAGCAGGUUUCGCCCUGCAGGCGUACCGUGGAGCCCAGAAGCCGACCCCCAUGGAGGUGAUGAAGUCUCAGGCCACUCGGCUGGCUGACAACCCCGAGAAGGUGUCCCCCCCCAAAAUGGAGAUCCCCACCAUGGACGGCCGGCGUCAGGGCGCGCGCCCACACAAGCUCAAACACCGAGACAUGAACGUCCUGACGCCGUCCGGUUUCUGAAAACACGGCUGGCGCCGGCCGCUGUAGGUCCCGUCACAUGAACACCUGGCACCGUUUGUUCAGCUUCUGAACAUCUGGAGUUUGUUGCAGCUUGAAGCUUAAUUUAACGAGAAAACCCAAACGACCACUUCCUGCUUUAGCUCUGAGUUAUCAUUCCUGCACCUCUUGCUAAUAAACUCUCAGAUUUACAUGUGUGGCCCAAAAAAGUUCACAGUUCUGAUCAAACGUUUAAUCUGCCGCCCGCCACAGUCGGGAUGUCGGUUGGACCAGAGGAUUUCAGCUCGACCCGUAAACACAGUGGGUUAAACUUGGUGAUGAUGGAGAAACUAAAAUGCAAUUGUUUGUUCCUCAGAGUUCUGUG